CGUAGUAGUGGUGGUGAUCUUGUUCCAUUUGAUCCAGAAAUUGAGAGAACUUUUAGAGAGUUCUUAAGAGAGCAAAAGCAAAACAUCAUGGCAGAAGAAGGUGAAGGACAAAAUAAUGCACGCACUCUUGGUUCAUAUGCUACCCCAUCCCUUGAAGGAAUAGCAUCCAGCAUUAAAAGGCUAGCAAUUCAAGCCAAUAACUUUGAAAUCAAACCAGCUAUCAUUCAAAUGAUCCAACAAACUGUCCAAUUUAGUGGUUUGCCUAAUGAAAAUCCUUAUUUGCAUAUUGCUAGUUUUCUUGAAAUUUGUGAUACUUUUAAGGCUAAUGGUGUUAGUAAUGAGUCUGUUAGGCUUACAUUAUUUCCAUUUUCUUUGCGUGAUAAAGCCAAGAGUUGGCUUCAAUCUUUUCCUAUAGCUGCAGGGGGUAAUCUUAUGAAUAAGACAGAGGAGGAUGGUUAUAAGCUGUUAGAUGAAAUGGCCUCUAAUAGCUAUCAAUGGACUAAUGAUAAAGCUACCAAAAAGGGAGUUGGUUUACAUAAUGUUGAUGCUUUUACUUCUGUAUCUGCUCAAAUUUCUGUUUUGAAUAAAAAGUUAGAUAAUUUAGGAGCAUCAGCAAUGAGUAUUUCAUCUAAUAGUUGCUGUGAAUUGUGUGGGCAAUUUGGUCAUGCUAGUGUUGAAUGUCAAGUAGGCAAUUCAGUUCAAUCUUCUAAUGAGCAAGCUAAUUUUGUUUCUUCUGGUGGUAGGUCUAAUUUUAAUCCAUACUCCAACACCUACAAUCCAGGAUGGAGGAGCCAUCCUAAUUUUUCAUGGAGUAAUAAUCAAGUGAGAGUACCACCAGGUUUUCAACAACAAAAUCAGCAAGAAAAGAAGUCAAAUUUGGAGGAGUUGGUGCACAAAUUUGUUAGUAGUACAAAAGCACGGUUUCAAAAUCAAGAAAUAAGGUUUCAAAAUCAAGAUGCUGCUAUUCAGAAUAUAGAAAUGCAACUUGGACAGAUUGCUGAUAUGGUUUCUAGAAGAGUUCAAGGGGGUUUGCCAAGCAAUAGUGAAAAGAAUCCAAGGGAGCAAUUGAAGGCUAUCACUUUGAGGAGUGGAAAAGAACUUAAAGAGGUAGGACAAUCUGAUGGGAAAGAAGAAGGUGUGGAAGCUGGUGAAUCAAAGCAAGAGGAGGAGCCUAAAAGACUUUUUCAUGAUCCGAAUGUCAAGCCUUAUAAGCCGAAAAUCCCUUUUCCCCAAAGAUUUUUGCAAGCUAAUUUAGACAAGAAGUUUUCUAAAUUUUUAGAGAUGUUUAAAAAGUUACAUAUUAAUAUUCCUCUUAUUGAUGCUAUUUCGCAGAUGCCAAGCUAUGCAAAAUUUUUUAAGGAGAUCCUUGCCAAUAAAAGGAAGUUAGAGGAGUUCAAGAUGGUGAAGUUAAAUGAAGAAUGCUCUGCUAUUCUUCAGAAUAAGUUACCUCCUAAGUUGAAGGAUCCAGGGAGUUUUUCUAUUCCUUGUAUUAUUGGCAAUGUUAAUUUUGAUAAGGCUUUGUGUGAUUUGGGUGCUAGUAUUAAUUUGAUGCCUUUUCAUGUAUUUAGGAAACUUGGAUUAGGAGAACCUUCACCUACCACAGUCUCUCUUCAAUUGGCGGAUAGAAGCAUAAAAUAUCCAAGAGUGGUAGAGGAUGUUUUGGUAAAAGUUGACAAAUUUAUUUUUCCUGUUGAUUUUAUUGUUCUUGACAUGGAAGAGGAUUUUGAAAUGCCUUUAAUUCUUGGGAGACCAUUCCUUGCUACUGGUAAAGCUCUUAUUUAUGUUCAACAAGGGAAACUUAGCCUUAGAAUACAUGAUGAGGAGAUUGUUUUUAAUGUGUUUGAUGCUAUGAAAAAUUGUGAUCAUGAUGGCAGUGCUGUUUUAAGGAUUGAUGUGGUAGACAAUGUAGUGGCUGAAAUUUUUAAUGCUUCUAGAUUAGAUGAUCCUAUUGAUAAUUGCAUUGUUAAUGCUUUGGAUGUGAAAGUUGAUAGUGCAGACAAUAACAUUUUGGAGGCAGCAGCUAUUCUUGGGGAAAAAUGCCAUAGGCAGCCACAAAAAGGAGGAAAUUUUCUGCCCUUAGAUGCACCGUCCACUGUGAUAGUCAAGCCAUCCAAAGAGGAGCCCCCUACUCUUGAAUUAAAACCUCUUCCUUCUCAAUUAAAGUAUGUUUAUUUGGGUGAUUCAAAUAACUUACCUGUUAUAAUUUCUGCUUCUUUGAUAGGAAUAGAGGAGGAGAAACUCUUAAGGGUGUUGCGAGAACACAAAGGAGCUAUAGGAUGGAGCAUAGCAGAUAUCAAAGGAGUUAGCCCUUCGGUUUGCAUGCAUAAAAUUCUGCUGGAGGAGGGGCACAAGCCGAUGGUUCAGCCUCAAAGAUGCCUUAAUCCGAACAUGCAAGAGGUGGGUGGGACAACUGUGGUAAAAAAUGAAAAUGAUGAAUUAAUUCCCACUAGAAUAAUAACAGGGUGGAGAGUGUGCAUAGAUUAUAGGAAACUUAAUGAAGCUACUAGAAAAGACCAUUAUCCAUUGCCAUUUAUUGAUCAAAUGAUUGAGAAACUUGCUGGACAUGAAUAUUAUUGUUUUUUGGAUGGUUAUUCUGGUACGUUCCAAAGAUGUGUGAUGGCUUUAUUUGCUGAAUUUGUUGAUGAGUUCAUGGAAAUUUUUAUGGAUGAUUUUUCAGUUUUUGGCUCUUCAUUUGAUGGAUGCUUACAUAAUCUGUCUAGGGUGCUUAAAAGAUGUGAGGAAACUAACUUAGUAUUGAAUUGGGAAAAAUGCCAUUUUUUGGUUAGGGAAGGUAUAGUGCUAGGUGAUAAAGUAUCCUCUAAAGGUAUUGAAGUUGAUAGAGCUAAAGUUGAGAUAAUUGAAAAGCUUGCUCCUCCUAAAUCAAUUAAAGAAAUUAGAGGUUUUCUUGGACAUGCUGGCUUUUAUAGGAGAUUUAUUAAGGACUUCUCAAAAAUUGCUAAGCCUCUUACUAAUCUCUUGGUUAAGGAAACACCAUUUUUCUUUGAUGAUGAUUGUAUGAAUGCUUUUCAAUUGUUGAAAGAGAAAUUGGUUAAUGCUCCUAUUGUUGUUGCACCUUGUUGGGAUUUGCCUUUUGAGAUAAUGUGUGAUCCUAGUAAUGAUGCUUUAGGUGCAGUUUUGGGACAAAGAAAAGAUAGGAAAUUUCACACCAUUUAUUAUGCAAGUAGAAUAAUGAAUGAUGCUCAAAAGAAUUACACUACUAUUGAAAAAGAGUUGCUUACUGUGGUGUUUGCUUUUGAAAAGUUUAGGCCUUAUCUAAUUUUGUCCAAGGUGAUUGUUCAUACUGAUCAUUCUGCACUUAAAUAUCUGCUUGCUAAAAAAGAGGCCAAACCUAGGUUAGAUGAGGUGCAUGUGGAAUGUGGGGAUGAUCAACUUUUGCUUGAUGAGUUUCCAGAUGAGCAAUUGUGUUUAGUUUCUUUGUGUGCUUUGUCUUCUUUACCUUGGAUAUGUGGCGAUGGAAUGAUUCGGAGAUGUGUACCACAAGAAGAGGUAGAUACAAUUUUGAGUUUUUGUCAUGACAAAGAAGCUGGUGGUCAUUUUGGUGCCUCCAAAACAACAUCUAAGGUUUUGCAAUGUGGAUUUUAUUGGCCUUCUUUAUUUAAAGAUGCUUAUGCUUAUGUGAGCGCAUGUGACCAAUGCCAAAGAACAGGUAAUAUUUCUAGGAGACAUGAAAUGCCUUUGACUAAUAUUUUGGUGUGUGACAUAUUUGAUGUUUGGGGCAUAGAUUUCAUGGGUCCUUUUCCUUCAUCUUUUGACAAAGCAUAUAUUCUUGUUGCGGUAGAUUAUGUGAGUAAAUGGGUAGAAGCUGUUGCAUGUCCUACUAAUGAUGCUAGGGUGGUGGUUAAAUUUUUGAAAAGUAAUAUUUUCAUUAGAUUUGGCACACCUAGGGCUGUUAUUAGUGAUGGAGGUAAACACUUUUGUAAUAGGCAAUUUGAAAAUUUAUUGGCUAAAUAUGGUGUUACCCAUAAAAUUGCUACUCCAUAUCACCCUCAAACAAGUGGACAAGUUGAGGUGUCUACUAGGGAAUUGAAAAGAAUUUUGGAAAAGACAGUUAACUUGUCUAGAAAAGAUUGGUCACUCAAAUUAGAUGAUGCACUUUGGGCUUAUAGGACAACUUACAAAACCCCGAUAGGUAUGUCUCCUUAUAGGUUAGUUUUUGGUAAGGCUUGUCACCUUCCUGUGGAACUUGAGCAUAAGGCAUAUUGGGCUAUUAAAUACUUGAAUUUUGAUUUGAAAGAUGCAGGUGAACAUAGAAAAUUGUAGUUGAAUGAAUUGGAAGAACUACG